AUGCAACAGUGCAGGAGGAUCCUGGGGCUGCUCAACGUGUGGGGCUCAGCCCAGCAGUGGCGCCAGGACGGGGCAUGGGCAGGCAGGAAGGUGCUGCCCAGCGCUGACGCUGUCCCCUGUCCCUGUCCCCGCAGGUCCCUGGCCCUGGGGCAGCAGUACAGCUCCCUGGGGUCCCAGCCCCUGCUCUGCGGCUCCAUCCCCGGCCUGGUCCCGAAGCAGCUCCGCUUCUGCCGCAACUACAUCGAGAUCAUGCCCAGCGUGGCCGAGGGGGUGAAGUUGGGCAUCCAGGAGUGCCAGCACCAGUUCCGGGGCCGCCGCUGGAACUGCACCACCAUUGAUGACAGCCUGGCCAUCUUCGGGCCCGUCCUGGACAAAGCCACACGAGAAUCUGCCUUCGUCCACGCCAUCGCCUCGGCCGGGGUGGCCUUCGCUGUCACCCGCUCCUGCGCCGAGGGCACCUCCACCAUCUGUGGCUGUGACUCCCACCACAAGGGACCCCCGGGGGACGGCUGGAAGUGGGGGGGCUGCAGCGAGGACGCCGACUUCGGCGUGCUGGUGUCCCGGGAGUUCGCGGACGCGCGGGAGAACCGGCCGGAUGCACGCUCGGCCAUGAACAGGCACAACAACGAGGCCGGCCGGACGACCAUCCUGGAUCACAUGCACCUCAAGUGCAAGUGCCACGGGCUCUCGGGGAGCUGCGAGGUCAAGACCUGCUGGUGGGCCCAGCCCGAUUUCCGGGCCAUCGGGGACUACCUGAAGGAUAAAUACGACAGCGCCUCGGAGAUGGUGGUGGAGAAGCACCGGGAGUCGCGGGGCUGGGUGGAAACCCUCAGGGCCAAGUACGCGCUGUUCAAGCCGCCGACGGAGCGGGACCUGGUGUACUACGAGAACUCCCCCAACUUCUGCGAGCCCAACCCUGAGACGGGCUCCUUCGGGACCAGGGACAGGACGUGCAACGUCACCUCCCACGGCAUCGACGGCUGCGACCUCCUGUGCUGCGGGCGGGGCCACAACACCCGGACUGAGAAGCGCAAGGAGAAGUGUCACUGCAUCUUCCACUGGUGCUGCUACGUCAGCUGCCAGGAGUGCACGCGGGUCUACGACGUCCACACCUGCAAGUAAGCACAGGGGGGUCUGCACUGCUGGAGGCUGCUCCGGAGCAGCCCCGUGGGCAGCCCCACACGCGGCCUCACACUGCAGAGGAUGGCACAGAACUCCUGAUGGGCCCCACACGCCCCCAGGGCACGGAGAAGGCUCUGGACACCUCACCCAGGAGAGGUGUGACUGCUGGUCCCUCAGCAGGACAGGCUGCCUGGGGAGGGCAGGGACAAGACAGGGAGGGCAGGGACAAGACAGGGAGGGCAGGGACAGAAC